AUGGCUUGGAUUAUAGAUGACCCAGCCAUCGUCAACUUCAUCGUCAUGGCGGCUUUGCUUUUUAUAUCAGAAAACAUUCAGUCUUCAAGGAAAAUACAGACCCGUUUUCAUCGAAUCAAAAAUACAUAUUUUCUUUACUUGGUGCUGUUGGCCAAGAUGUCCAAGUCGUCGCGUAGUUUCAAGUUGCCUCCAGCCAGCUCCUCUUCCGUGUCCUCGAUUUCCGGCAGCGAAUCGGGGCAUGGAUUGGAGAACAUGUUGCACAUUACAAUGGUGCGAACUUCCAAGGCGCAGAAUGCAGAGCUCUUCCUGUACGGCGAUGGGACCAAAAAAUCGAAUUCAGAUCUACAGAAGAAGGUCAGUGCACCCGAUCCGGAAAAGGAGGUGCCAAUGGAGCCACCAUUUGUUGCACUGGUCAGCAAUUUGCCAAUGGAGUGCACUGAAGGCGAGUUGCAGAAAGUGUUCACCAGUUUUCCGAUCCGUUCUCUGACCAUUCCGAAGAAGGGAAAGCGACCCAAGGGAUUUGCCUAUGUGGAAAUGGAUUCCCGGGAGGAUCUCAUUCGUUUGCUGAAAAUGGAUAAGCUCAAGUGCCGUGGUCGUUGUCUCAUGACCAAAGUAAGCCAAUUGCCUCCCGAACCACCAAGAAAGGAGGCUGGAGAUGGCUAUUUCACUAGACGUUCGUGCAGCCAAUUUGAUAUAAACUCUUCCCAUUAUUCGGCCAGUGUCAGUGAUCUCAGUACCAUCGAUUCGCCAAUCUCAGCGGAUAAGUCGCCAUUCCUUCCGGAAAGUGAGUCGUCCCUUUUCGGCAGGGAGAAUCCUAUUAAGCGGAUACCAAGUAGUACCGAGGAAGUGGAAAGCCGUAUGGAACUUCGUCUUCAGAAGCUAGCCGAAUUCGAGAAUGCUGAAUCGGAGAAGGUGGAGAGUGAAUGCCAGGAUGAUCAGGAUUCCUUCAUGUCCUGGAGCGAUGUCCUAGACGAGAUUAGAAAAUCCGAGGAAAUGUAGUUUUUUUUGCAGCUCCAUCUCAGCUGAAACCGCAUCGUAAAAAAUAAAUGCAGCAUAAUUGCAUGUUUAA